AUGACUAAACUCAAGGGAAGUAACAAGAACAUGGGUGUUCUUCGAAAAGACACUCACUACAAACCACAGCUCCGCAAUCAGACUCGUUGGACUGGCGUUUUCACAAUGAUGGAUAAUUUUCUGAGGAUGAGAAACCCAAUGAUCCUUGCUCUUACCAAUAAAGACACGGAUUUCCCCAUGGACCAAUCAGAGGACUUUGAGGCCAAAGCAAGAAAUAUCCGAAAAAUGCUCUUCAACAUCAACGAAGUGACUAAGCUGUUGCAGACCAGUAAGCAGCCUUUAAACUGGAGCCGCAGGUAUUUGGAUAGUCUCAUUAACCAAGCAAAUUCACUGAGAGAGGAGCCACAGAGUGAAUGGUACGGAAACCAAUUUGGGGAGGACUACAUUGGUCCCCAUUCCAUGAAAAUUCCCACAGAAUCCAAACACUUCAUUUCUGGGGUAAUCAAGAUCCAACGUGGCCAUGUUACCGAGAUGACAGAAGCCGAAAAGUCAGCCUGUAAGAAGAUGAAGACAGCUCCUGCUGCAGCAGGUGCUGAUGCUGACGACAAGGAAGAAGAUUUUCUAUCUCAGCUGAAACGGCUAAAAGAGCUGGAACGCUCCUCCUCCGCUGCAGCAGGGCGCAAAAGAUCUCACAUUCAGAUAUCAACAGCAGGAAAUCAAGCUGAUGAAUAUGUCAAUGCUAACUUUGUUCUUGGUUCCGCAGCAGAGGUAGAGCGACAAUGGUCCAUUGCAGGGAACCUUUUGGACCCAGGCCGGGCUAAAAUGUCUCCACAGCUUUUUGAGGCGAUCAUGAUGCUAAAAUACAAUGAACGCUUUUGGCUCAACAACACUUCUUUUGUUGGAGAAGCAAUGGACUUGGCAAGCAGUGCAAGGAAAGCCAAAAGGGCCCAGAAGAUUUUACAAAGUGCACAGG